UAACGUUGAUUAUCACAUUCAUUCGGUCCGACGCCAGUUUAAUCGAACAAGCAAGUGUAAUUCCGACAUUGAACGAUUGCGGACAAUAUAAAGACAAAAAUAAAUUAAUUUUUUGAACAAAUAAAAUAAUAAAACUUACAAACAUUUCCCAUUUAACUAAAAAAAAAAUCUACAAAAAUGAUUUCGUUGAAUAAUAUCCUUGAAGCCUUGCGAGUUUUACCAACAUCGCCAAAGGACCCAGUAGACAUUGCUGAACUACCAGAAAUUAACCUUCAAGAAGUUGCCAAUCAUGAUCAUAUUCAUGAUUGUUGGAUUGUGCUCUAUGAUCGCGUUUACGAUGUGACAAAAUUUUUAUAUUCGCACCCUGGUGGUGAAGAUGUGAUCCUUGAUCAUGCUGGACGUGAUGCAACAUUAGCAUUUCAUGGAACUGGACACUCAAAAGCUGCAACACACAUGUUGCGGGACUAUUUAGUUGGUGAAUUACCAAUUAGCCAGCGAAUAUUCCGAAACCAGAUAACAGGCAGUGGAGUUCUUUUAUCAGGAAUACCAGAUUGAACCAUCCACGUUCGAUUGGAUGAUGGAGGAGAGUCAACAUGCCUCCAAUCUUCCCCCUUUAGUAUUAACACUGUAAAUAUGUAUAAAAAAAAAGUGUUCAUUUUUUAAUCAAGAGCACGUCGAAAAGUGAUGCGAGCAAAAACAUUGUCGUGAUCACUUAGAAAACGUCACGCUUAAUCGACUAUAUGAGACGUGAGUGAUUAUGUAUAUAAGAAAAUCGCAAUUAUGAGUUAUCAGUUGCAUAAUGAAUAAUAAAUUGUAUGGAAGUACGAGUGACGGCAGUGGCGGAAGCGAGAUAAUAAGACUAAGUCAGGUUAUUUUGAAAAAAAAAAAAAAAAAAAAAUGGCGG